AUGUCGUCGGCUCACGGCAGAUUUCCGGCGAGUCCACCGGUUUCUUUAUCUCCGGCGUCUUCCUCGUCCCCGAGUUCUCAAUCUCCGACGACUCCUGAUCUGAAACAAAGAGUCAUCGCUUGUCUCAACAAGCUCGCCGACCGUGACACCUUAGCUCUCGCCACGGCGGAGCUUGACUCAAUCGCUAGAAAUCUCACUCACGAUUCCUUCUCUUCCUUCCUCAACUGCAUCCACAACACCGACUCUUCCUGUAAAUCUCCGGUGAGGAAACAGUGCGUUGCUCUCUUAUCCCUUAUGUCUCGUUACCACGGCGAUUCUCUCUCUCCUCAUCUCUCUAAGAUGGUUUCCACCGUCAUCCGCCGGCUCCGAGAUCCGGAUUCCUCCGUACGCUCCGCUUGCGCCGCCGCAACCGCCGAUAUAUCGUCUCACGUCACGAAGCAACCGUUUUCCUCCGUCGCGAAACCGCUCAUCGAGACGUUGAUACAGGACGGAGAUUCGAACGCGCAGAUCGGAGCGGCGUUGUGCUUGGCGGCGUCAGUGGAAGCAGCGACGGAUCCGGAGUCGGAGCAAUUGAGGAAAUCGUUGCCUAAGAUUGGAAAGCUGCUUAAGAGCGACGGUUUUAAGGCUAAAGCGGCGUUGUUGAGUGCCGUCGGAAGUAUAAUUACCGCCGGUGGUGCGGGAACUAAACCUGUUUUGGAUUGGUUAGUUCCGGUUUUGAUUGAAUUUCUGAGUAGCGAGGAUUGGGCGGCGAGGAAAUCUGCGGCGGAGGCAUUGGGUAAAGUUGCGACGGAGGAAGAAUUAGCAUCGCAGUACAAGAAAGCUUGUACGGUGGCUCUUGAUAGUAGAAGAUUUGAUAAGGUGAAAAGUGUGAGAGAAACUAUGAACCGAACAUUGAAUCAGUGGAAACAAGUCUCAAAUGAUUCCGAAGAAGCCUCUUUAUCUCCAUCUAGAUCUUCCACUGAUGAUGGUAGCAUGGGAUGCUGUGUCACGAGAGGUUCGACCAUUGAAGUGGGGUUUAAAUCAGCUAGACCAAAGAAAGUAAAGCCUAUAAUCAAGAGGUCCCCAUCUUUGCCUGUGAAUAGAUCAAAUGCAGGAACUAGACAAAAGGAGAAUCUUCCAAAACGAAAUCAAGGGAAUAUGACCAUGUUAGUAGCAGCAGCUUCUAGUGUGGAUAACAAGGGACCACAGUUUCCGCCGGUAAAUAGUAAAGGUGUAGAAUCGGAAGAGAAGGCAAACUCAGGGGGACCAGAUAUAAUCAAACAUACUAUCUCUGAGAAAAGCCGGGAAGAUAAAGUACAUGGCUUUGGUGGUUUGAGGUCUGGCUCAAGGGUUGCACCUUGCAGUGACGAUGGAGAUUCUGUAGCCAAUAAUGGUAAAGACGAUGUUGAUGAGAGCAAGAAAGACAGCGAGGAACUUUAUUUGAUACGCGAACAGCUUGCUCUGAUUGAGAACCAGCAGUCCAGUCUCUUAGACCUACUUCAGAAAUUUAUGGGAAGCUCACAGAGUGGCAUCCAGUCUCUGGAGUCUCGCGUCAGCGGUCUAGAGAUGGCUUUGGAUGAAAUUUCAUGCGAUCUUGCGGUUUCAAACGGGAGAGUCCCUAAGAAUAGUGGCUGUGCAGGAGACAGUUGUUCCAAACUACCUGGUACGGAAUUCUUAAGUCCAAAGUUCUGGAGAAAAACCGAGGAGAGACCAGUGCAAACACGGAUCAGAGACGCAGUCUGCGAAGUCCCUGUGCACGAGAGCAGUGUUGGCCAGGGGAUGCAAGAACCAACAGAAGUGAACAAGGGUCAAAGGGGAGGAUCAGGUUUCCAAAAGAGAGCACCAAGAAACCAUUUUCAAGACUCAAUGCACACAACACUACAUAAACCAACCACGAGAUUAUCAACUUGA